AUGCUGUCACGAAUCUCCUCACAUCCGCACGACUCGUACUCCAAUUAUCCUGACUACCACCAUCAGCGAGACAUGCUCUCCCAGCAACGGCCAACCACUCUUGUGCAAAAUAGCCACAACUCCAACCCUCAGCCGUACGAUGAUAUGAACCUCCAAGCUGGCCGGAAACGAGCUGGCUCUGAACUAGACCCUUCGGACACUGGUGACGCCCAGGGCGUCCGCCGCCGCAUUUCCCGAGCCUGCGAUCAAUGUAACCAAUUGAGAACAAAAUGCGACGGAAAACAUCCAUGUGCUCAUUGCACAGACAACGGUCUGCCUUGCGAGUACGCUCGAGCUCACAAAAAGCGAGGUCGUGCGCCCAAGAAGGAUAACGAGCAGAAUGACGAUAUCAGUGGCAACCAGAUGCAGAACAACCAGAUACCUUCUUCGGCACCGCGUCCAUCUAAUUCUCGAAAAUACUCCACUACAUCCUAUGUCGGUGCGGUAGACAACACUCUGCCGUCGAACAAUACCCCAACAAGCGCCACUUUCGAAUCUGCACCACAGAAUGGCUUCUACGGUGGUUUCGAUCAUGUCGCCAAUAUGUCGAUGAAUACAAAUGGCCAAAUGCCUAAUGGUCCAAUCUCUAAUGGACAGAUGCCCAACAUGGACCAGACAAUGAUCCCACAGAUGGCCCAACCAAACUUCCAAGUACCAGACAAUCAUAGCUUCGCUGCUCAGAUGGACAAUAUGCAUGGUCAGCCAGUAAGCGGAUUUGGCUUCCCGUUGGGUGAUGACUAUUCGGUCGCCUUCAUGGGCAAGGCCCCGAUGGUCGAAUCUCCAGACUGGCUUGCUCUGACCUCGCCCAUGUACCUCACAGAACCGCCUCUCAAUCAACCUCGGCCCCCUGACCAGCUGAAAUACUCUGUCUUAAGGCCACUUCUGCCUCACAUCGAAUCCAUCAUGCCUCAAGCUAUUGCAUGCGAGUUGCUCGAGCAAUAUUUUAGCAGUUCAACCUCAGCCUACCUACGACCCUCAAAUCCCUACAUCCUCGGCUAUAUCUUCCGCAAAAAGUCCAUCUUGCAUCCUACCGAGCCUAGGCCAUGUACUCCGGCCUUACUUGCCAGCAUGCUGUGGAUAGCGGCUCAAACUAGCGAUUCGGCUUUCUUAACCAGCCAACUAGAUGCUCGCGGGCGAAUAUGUCAGAAGUUGCUCGAGUUGACCAUCAGCAUGCUCAAACCCCUGAUCCACAGCAAUGCGAACAGUGUCAAUCCUACACCAAGCUACCAUCACAUGUCCAGCUCAGACGCAAGCCUCGCUGGCCUUGUCGUACCCACCGACAGAGUGGGCCACCAUGGAGUAGAUCGCGUCCAGAUUGACAACCUGGCAACCUACAUUCAUCUCGCAACAGUCGUUUCGGCGAGCGAACGCAAGGCAACUUCGCUUCGCUGGUGGAAUGCUGCAUGGUCUUUGGCACGGGAGAUUCGGCUCGGACGCGAACUGCCACCUAACAUAUCGCCCGAAAAGGAAGGCGAGGAACAGAAACCGAUCAUCGCAGACGGCGAUAUUCGCAAGUCUUCGAUCGAUGAGCCGCGCGUGGUGUCAUAUGUGAGUGAGGAGGACCGCGAAGAGCGACGCCGAACCUGGUGGCUCCUCUACAUGCAGGAUCGUCAUCUGGCGCUCUGCUACAAUCGGCCUAUGUUCUUCCUCAACAGAGAAUGCGAGAAUCUACUGCUGCCUCUGGACGACGACAUAUUUCAGUCGGGCCGAUUCGAGCACGCUUCUGAUCAUGGACAGAGACGCCGUGGACUCAGCAUCGAAUGCACCUCACAUUCAAUCUUCGGCUACUUCUUGCCGCUCAUGGUGCUUCUAGGUGAGAUCCUGGAUCUGAAUCACGCUCGAAAUCGACCGAGAUUUGGUCCCCGUUCAAAGCGGCCUAAGAACUGGGAUGAUUCUGUCGAAGAAAUUUCGCAGGCUCUGGAAGCCUUCGGGCAAUCACUUCGCGAUUUCGAAGCUGCGGGAGGCCGUCUGCACAACUCGGAUCAUAAUCCAGACGCUGUGACUCCAUCUGUGGUUAGCACAGGCACGAACGACUCGGUGCCUUUCUCCAACUCGGAGUUAACCCUGCAGACAAAGACUACGGUCGCAUACAGCACGCAUAUCAUGCAUGUGCUCUAUAUCUUGCUUACAGGAAAGCUUGACCCGAUUGGCCUUCUUGAAAACGCAGACCUCUGGAUCUCAUCUCAGAGCUUUAUCACAGCAACUGGUCAUGCUGUCAACGCAGCAGAUGCAGUGGGGGACAUUAUCGACCAAGAUCCCGAUCUGAGUUUCAUGCCUUUCUUCUUCGGUAUCUAUCUAUUGCAAGGAAGCUUUUUACUUCUUCUGUUCGCGGAUAAGCUGCAAGGAGCAGAAGUCAGCGCAGAGGUGGUUCGCGCGUGCGAGACGGUCGUUCGUGCGCACGAGGCGUGCGUUGCAACGCUCGACACGCAAUACCAACGAAACUUCAGGAAAGUUAUGCGGUCUGCUCUCCAACAGGUGAAGGGCCGGAUAUCGGACGAUUUAGCGGAGCAGCAACAGUGGAGGCGAGAGGUUUUGGCCUUGUAUCGCUGGACGGGCGAUGGAACCGGGCUUGCGUUGUGA